AUGAAGGCCAUCGAUGAGUUGUGCCUUUUGGGCCUGCUCUUCCCGACAUCUCAGAUCAAUCACGUGUCCCACCCCGUACUUGUGGAAGUCGGACAAGCACGGGGUCGUGUCGGUUGGACGCAACCUCUCCGGGGUCACAAGUCGUCUGGGGGCCCCAGCAUCGCGAUCCGUCUGAGCACGGUCCGCUACCACCCCAACGGCACGAGGACGCAGUUACCACUCAAGGAGCUUGUUCAAAUUGCGGUCCACGAGAUGGUGCAUGCGUAUCUGAUAUUGUUCUCCUGCCGCCGGGGGCAGUGUGAGGUUGACUUUGACGUCAUGCAUCGCAACGCGGACGGCGGCGGACACGGCCUGGCGUUCGUCGCGCUGCUGAAGGCCGUCGUGUGCCAGAUCCAGAGCUGGGCGCCCGGACUGGGGGACUUUGGGCUGACAGACGAGGCAAUCCACCCGUACGAGGACUUUGGGCUCGAGCUGUGGAAGAGAGGGGACAGGGUCUCGUCCCGGGGCAAGGGGCAGCGCGUCUGGUGGCUUGCUGCGAGGCCGAUGUAA